AUGGUUCUUGUAAAUAGUUUAAUCUGUUCUCACGAUUUUCUGAACGAUGAGUACGAAAAACUUGAAGAUAAAAAACGAAAACAGAAUUCUAUGAUAUCAUCAGCUCAGCGAGAGCUUGGCAAGGGUUUACCAACAAACGCUUCAGCCACAGCCUCACCAGCCGGUUCCGUGGACAACGCAAUCCGGCCCGGGGUCGCUCUGGACGGCCCGAGGCCAACGCCACGUACUGGGCCUUACUUCGACCUCAUGGCUUCCAAAAACGUCACUGCGUUACUCGGCAAAACAGCAUACCUGAACUGCCGGGUCAAGAAUUUAGGAAAUAAAACAUUGAAUAUGCAAGUAUCAUGGGUACGGCACAGAGACAUUCAUCUCCUGACAGUAGGCCGGUAUACAUACACAAGCGACCAGAGAUUUCGGGCAAUUCAUUUGCCACACUCCGAAGACUGGACUUUACAGAUUAAAUACCCGCAGCACAGGGACUCAGGCAUUUACGAGUGUCAAAUAUCUACGACACCGCAUAUGAGUCACUUUAUACAUCUGAACGUUGUUGAACCAACUACGGAAAUAAUUGGUGGCCCGGAUCUUUACAUUGACCGAGGCAGCACCAUCAAUUUGACUUGCGUUGUGCUGUACUCGCCGGAGCCGCCGGCAUAUAUAUUUUGGAACCAUAAUGAUGCGAUAAUAAGCUACGACUCGCCGCGUGGGGGUGUGUCGGUGGUGACGGAGAAGGGGGAAACGACAACAUCAUUCCUGUUAAUCCAACAGGCGAGACCUUCAGAUUCUGGGACGUACCAGUGUAAUCCUAGUAACGCCCAGUCAAAGAGCGUAGUGGUGCACGUACUCAAUGAAGCAAAUUCGAUUUUCCCUUUAUCAGGUGAGUAUCCUGCGGCAAUGCAGCGAGGGGGACAGGCGUUUGCACCGACAUCACCUACACACUGCCUUGUUUUGGCAGCUUGCCUCUUCCUCACUCUUUCUUGA